CAGGUUCACAUCAUGGUGGGGUUUGGGAGCGUGUUAUCCGCAUGGUGAGAAGGAUUCUAAGUUCAGUUCUUCAACAGCAGACCCUGAACGAUGAUGGGCUUCAUACAGUUAUGUGUGAAGCUGAAGCCAUCCUGAACGAUCGGCCUGUCACCAAACUCUCAGAUGAUCCAAAUGAUUUGGAGCCACUUACUCCCAACCACAUUCUUCUGAUGAAAGGAAAUCCAUCAUUGCCGCCAGGAUUGUUUGAACCACAUGACUUGUAUUUAAAACGGAGAUGGAAGCAAGUCCAGUAUAUUGCUGAACUUUUUUGGAAACGUUGGGUACGGGAAUAUCUACCUUUGCUGCAAGAGAGGCAAAAAUGGAAUGAAACCAGGAGAAACCUAAAGCCUGGAGAUAUUGUCGUUAUAAUGGAUCCUACUGCCCCACGAGGCUCUUGGCCACUAGGAAGAGUGUUGGAAGCUUUCCGGGAUCAAAAGGGAUUUGUGCGUUCAGUGAGUCUGCAAACAAAGUCAAGUGUCAUUCAACGUCCUGUUACAAAGCUCUGCCUUUUGAUUGAGGCUGCAGGUUAAAUGGGCAAUUUUCAGUGUUAAUGUGUGUGAACUCAUUGUAACAAAUGUUGGAUAAUAUGUUACGUUAGGUUGGUACUGGAUCCUUAAUUUGGUUUGUUUUGAAUUGUAAUGUUUGUUAAGCAUUCCAAUUGGGGGCCGGUGUUGUAGGAGCCAUUUCAAUGUUUAUGUCCAGGUUUGGCCAUUAGGUGGCACUAGGGUUAUGGCAUAGUGAUUGGGGCUUAUCUACUUAGGCUAGCUGUAAUCUAGGACAGGUGUUGCUAGAGGGAAAAGGGCAAACUAGUUUUUGACCGCCACGCGACGGAGGCUGUGGUUGAAUGCAUGUUAAGUGACUGUUGGUGAAGAUGGAAUAUUGUUCUGUUAUGGAAAAAAGGAAAUCCUUGUGUAAAUCCAAUAAACAUCUCUCACAACAGAGAAGAAAAGAUAACUUUAAGCUUUGUUGUGUCAUUGCUCAAUCAAGCCAAAGCGACCACGGUAAGCGCGUCAACUAUAGCCCACUUUAACCCUCUGCAUAACCCUCAGCUUAGCGGUUACACUUAUACUACUUCAAGUUUUGCAGCUGAUUUGGUCAUGUGAUUGUAAAUUUCCUUAUCGACAACAGAUAAAACAUGUGAGUACGGUGAAGAUCUGCAGCUCAGAUAUGAAGCGCUCUGCUCUCAUAAUCCUGAUGCUCAACAACUUCUGUGCCUUCUCACAAAUUCCUUGUGAAAUUGUCUAUUUUGUGGGCUGCUUUGUGAUUGGUACAACUGAUGUACAGUUUGAGUUUGAUGGUGAGGAGAUUUUAUAUGUGGAUUUCCCAAAAGAGGAGAUUUUCUACACUGUGCCCAGAAUUAUUAAUCCUGAUCCAAGUAAAAUCUUUGAGGAUCAGAAUAUACUUAGAGAUGCUUUGACAAACAAGGACCUUUGUUUAUCACUUACUGCAAUCUGGGCAGCACAAGAAGAAUAUCCACAAGAAGAAAAAGAGCAUCGUCUACCUGCAGAAGAAGCUCAGCUGGGAGUUGAAAACAGCCUCACCUGCUUUGUGAAUCAUUUCUACCCACCUGACAUCAAAGUCAGCUGGACUAAUAAUGGUCAUCCGGUGUCAGAGGGGGUGUCACUCAGUCGCUCUCAUCCCAAUAAUGAUCAAACCUUCCACCAGUUCUCUACUCUGACAUUUACAUCGAGGGAGGGGGACAUUUACAGCUGCACUGUGGAGCACUCCGACCUGGACAGGCCUAAAAUCAGGAUCUGGGGUGAUUAUUUUUAAGUGGCUUAAUAACAUAAAACAAACAUGAAAUAUUUUGUUCUGCCCUGCGAUGGACUGGCAACCUGUCCAGGGUGCAUGCCCCAUACCUUAAUGGAACACUCCUAGGAGAGAAACCAUGUGCACCUGCAACUUCUGUUAAAUUUAUUGAUGUUAAAACAAAAGGGAGGAAAUCUUGAAAAUGUAGUUUUGAUAAAGAGAUGCAUUUGCACACUGUGAAAGAGCCUUAUGGUCUGGAGAAACAGCAGAUUUAAUGCCUUUGUUAUUUAUCUACUGGUGUUCUUGUUAUUGCCUGCAAGUUCAAUAGAUAUUAUUUGAAAAUUACAUUUUAGUCUAUUUAUUGAAAAUAUA